GAACACCCUCAGUGAAUUCUCAACAGCUUUUGAAUGUAGACAUCUUAAAGUGUGACUAACGAUUUAUACAAGACAAUAAAAUAUUUAUUAUUAAUUUUUAAUAUUUUCUUCAAGGACUCUUUGAAUUUUGGCAAUCAGUGGAAAAUAUAUUUUAACAAUUUAUUUUUAACCAGCAGUCAGUUAAUUUGAGCGUGGAGGCAGAGAAGCUGGAAAUUCAAUUAAAAAGAGACAGAAAUUGAACUAAUAAAAAAAUGAAAAGAAGCACGGGACCAAUAAUCAGGAUGGUGUCUAAUGAUACACAUGGUGCUGGGGGGAUUCAAUGUUGUUUUUGCAGAUGUUGCACUUGCAUACAUCUCGAAUUUUUCAAAACAUUGCCAGGCGUUCUCAAAGUUUGUGAAACUGUGCUUAGCGGAUUUAUUCAAAGUCUAUUAGUUAAUUACGGCCUCCGACACAGUUCAACUAUUGGAACAGCUUUCGAAGGAGCUUUAACAACAUCGUCAGCUUGUUUUUUCACAUCGACUGUACUUUUAGCGUGUUACUUUCUCUCCGAAAAAUCAUAUCGACUGAUUCGUGCCUCACUUUUUGAAGUAAUAUUCAACAGUCUGUCCUGCUUCUUUUAUUUGAGUUCCGCUUCAUUCUUGGCAGUUUCAACAAAAAUGUUCCUUAUGGCUCAGUACUACGUGAUGCCAGGAUUCGAAGUUUAUCCCGCAAUGACAGCAGCUUACAUGCUGAGCGGCGUUGUGGGCCUUAUACAUGGAGCAGAUGCUUAUUUUUCAUAUAUUCAUUAUAAAUCCACGAGAUAAUUACACAAAUUUUUAUU